AUGAAUGGUGAUCGGGAAUGGCUCGGCAUGAUUCGGCUGCUUCAGUCUCGGGCAGACCGACAUGUCCAGUUGUCCACCCUAGCGCUUCCAAUCGCCAACCGAGUCCGGAUCCUAAACCCCCCAAAGAAAUUCAUAGUCCAGUCACGCUAUUUGUAUGAGUUCCGCGAUAUCCAGACCAGCAGAACGACGGGCAAGGAACAGCAUCAUACACCCAUUUCUCAAUCGGAGCGUUUCCACCAUGCAAUCAUCCAGAAAGUCGUGAUCUUUACCUGA